AUGGAUGGCGACGUGUACACCCCUGCCGUGAAAUUAGACACCUCGUUCUUUUUCUUCCGUGCUUUUAUCAACUCCCUCAAAAGCGCCAGACGCAGGGGCGUUGUCAACAUAGCUUCCGUCAACGGCCUGGUCUUGUUCAUCUUAACUCGAUCUAUUGCAGUUGAGUAUGCGCAGUUUGGCAUCAGGGCGGAUGCCGUCGCUUCUGGGACUGUGAAGACGCAGGUCUGGGCGGGGCGUGUUAAAGCUAAUCCCCAAGUUUUUGAGGAAGUUAUACAGUGGUACCCGUUGAAAUGGGCGGUUGAUCCCCUGGGCGUUGCUGAUGCUGUGGCGUUUCUUAGUAAUAAAGAAUUGCGGUUGCAGAGAUCGUUUUCGCAGUAUGGUGAUUAUUAG